AUGAAAGUAAUAAAGAAUUUAAUUGUAUUGUUAAUAGCAUUUUAUUUAACAUUGUCCAGUUGUAAUGCUAGAGUUGUAAAUCAAGCAUGUAAAUACCCAGGCUAUUCAACAAAAGGUGUCAGUAAAACAGCAAAUGGUUAUGAAGCAACCCUUAAUUUAAUCUCACCAGGACCAUAUGGUAACGAUAUUAAAACUUUAGAUUUCCAAUUAACUUUUGAAACCCAACAAAUUUUCAGAGUUAGAAUCACCGAUCCAAAUAAUCAAAGAUGGGAGGUCCCAUUCGUUAAUAAAUUGGUCGGAGUUAAUCCAGAUACCACCGAUUAUUUAAUCCAAUUUACAAACGCACCAUUCGGCUUUAGUGCUACCCGUAUUUCAACAGGUGAAGUUUUAUUCAAUAGCACCCCACCAGCUGAUUGUUCAACUAAUGGUUUAAUUUAUUCAGAUUAUUAUUUAGAAUUAAGUACAUCAUUUAGUGAAAAUAAUCCAAAUAUUUAUGGUUUAGGUGAAAGAACAUCACAAUUAAGAUUAUUAAAUAACUUUACCUACACAUUAUUUGCAAAAGAUCAAGGUACUGCCAGUACUCCAAAUAUUAAUCUUUAUGGUUCACAUCCCUUUUAUCUUAAUCUUGCAUCCAACGGUAAUGCAAAUGGUGUAUUUUUAUUAAACUCCAAUGCAAUGGAUGUACAAAUUACUUCAAAUUCAUUAACUUAUAAAGUAGUUGGUGGUAUUUUCGAUUUCUUCUUCUUUACUGGUCCAACACCAAAUUCAGUUAUUCAACAAUAUACCCAAGUUAUUGGAACAACUCAUAUGCCAACUUAUUGGAGUUUAGGUUUCCAUAAUUGUCGUUGGGGUUAUCAUUCAAUUGCAGAAACUGCUCAAGUUGUUGCAAAUUAUAGUAAAUUUGGUAUUCCAUUAGAAACUAUGUGGAAUGAUAUCGAUUAUAUGGACCAAUAUAGAGAUUUUUCAACAGAUCCAGUUAAUUUUGCAGCAGAAGAUUUUACUGCUUUUGUUGACUCCCUUCAUGCCAAUAAUCAACACUAUAUGAUGAUUGUCGAUCCAGGUAUUUCAAACACAGAUCCAACCUAUCAAUCUUAUAUCGAUUUAGUUAAUUCAGGUGCAUAUAUUAAAGCAGGUGGCACAGAUGCACCAUUAGUUGGUUCAGUAUGGCCAGGUUAUGUUAUUUUCCCAGAUUUCCUCCAUCCAAAUGCUACAGAGUAUUGGACAGAACAAUUUGCUAAUUUCCACAAAAUAGUUCCAUUUGAUGGUAUUUGGAUCGAUAUGAAUGAAAUUAGUAACUUUUGUGAUGGUAAUUGUUUCAACAAUAAUCAUAAAAAAAUGCCAGGAUUUGAUCCAAACUAUCCACCAUAUAUUCCAGGAGGAUCACCAUUAUACAUGAAGACCAUCAAUAUGACUUCAACUCAAUAUAAUAACACCUUAGUUUAUAAUUCACACAGUAUCUAUGGUUACACCGAAGGUAUGGCCACUCAAAUAGCCGCUCAAUCAAUUCUUGGUACUCGUUCAACCAUUAUCUCUAGAAGCACUUUCCCAGGCACAGGUGGACACUUUGCCCAUUGGUUAGGUGAUAAUGAAAGUAGUUACAAUGACCUUUACUUCUCAAUUCCAGGUAUGCUUGCUAUGAAUAUGUUUGGUAUUCCAUUAGUUGGUGCCGAUAUUUGUGGUUUCAAUGGCAACUCUAACGCAGAGCUCUGUGGCAGAUGGCUUCAAUUGGGUAACUUUUAUCCAUUCACCAGAGUUCAUAAUAGCUUCCUCAGUAUCCCACAAGAACCAUGGGUUUGGGGUCAACAAGUUGUUGAUAUUGCAAUCAAAUCAAUCAAUACCAAAUUAACCUUAUUACCAUUCUAUUACACCCUCUUCCACAUCUCACAUUUAUCAGGUGACCCAGUCGUUAGACCAUUGUUCUUUGAAUACCCAACCGAUUCAAACACCGUUUCAAUCGAUAAACAAUUCCUUGUAGGUACUAGUUUAUUAGUAUCACCAGUUUUAGAACAAGGUGCCGUAACUGUUAAUGCUUAUUUCCCAGAUGAUAUUUGGUAUGAAUAUGGCGCAAACGGCUCAUUGGUAGAAUCAACUGGUUUUGUUACUUUAGAUGCCCCAUUUGAAAAGAUUAAUGUUCAUCUUCGUGGUGGUAAUAUCAUCCCAACCCAACCAACUUCAGGCUAUGUACCACCACCAAAUGGUAUUCCAAUCACCACUACUAUCGCUAGAAAAUUACCAUUCACUUUAAUUGUUGCCCUCGAUUCAUCACUCCAAGCUUCAGGUCAAUUAUUCCUUGAUGAUGGUUCAUCACUCCAAACCUAUGUAAACAAUGAAUACUCAUUCAUCGAAUUUAAUGUCGUUAGUACCACUUCAUCAGUCUACAAAUUACAAUCAUCAAUUGUUGCCAAUGGUUAUAACGGUACCUCUGAAUUAAACAUCAAUAAUAUUGAAAUCUAUGGUUCACCAAAUGUCAAACAAGUCUUGGUCAAUGGUAAUGCUAUCAAUACCUUUGACUCUGUCACUGAAACAACUCUUAUUGUUUCAAAUUUAUCACUCCCAUUAUCAGAUAGCUUUGAAAUUGAUUUUAUGUUAAAUUAA